CAAGUUUUUCCAAAUUCCUUCAUAAAAAAUAAACCAAACAGACGCCGCGUGUACCUACAUAAGAAUGUUUUUUUAAAUUCAUUAAAAUUAUCAAGGUACAUGUUUACUUACUGGCGAGUUAAAGCUAAGUUAGAAAACUUUUAAAGUCACCAUGUCUGAAAAAGAGAAGUCCAAAUCCAGUACCCAAACAAAACACAUUCCCAAGGAUGCCCAAGUCAUCAUGUCCAUCAUGAAGGAAGUUGGAGUGGCGGACUACGAGCCUAGAGUCGUUAACCAGCUCCUGGAGUUCACAUAUCGAUAUGUCACUUCGGUUUUAGAAGACGCGCGUGUUUUUGCCAAUCACGCUAAGAAAAAGACAAUUGAUUUGGAAGACGUUCGCUUGGCCGUUCAAAUGCAGCUUGAUAAGUCAUUUACCAGCCCUCCGCAGAGAGAAGUGCUGCUGGAACUAGCGAGGGUGAAGAAUGUAAAUCCACUGCCGUUAAUUAAACCUCAUUGUGGUUUGAGAUUACCCCCAGACCGUUACUGCCUAUCAGCCUGUAACUAUAGACUAAAACCUGCCACUAAGAAGACAAUGGUCAAAGCCAACAUCUCGGCCACGCCCACCAUCAAAACCAUGGCCACGCAGAAGCUCCCGCAGCAGAAAGUGGUAGUCAACAGGCCCCCGGGCGCCAUCUUAAAUGUUGCGUCUUCCAAAGCCAAUGUUGUUCCCAAACCCGUGCUGAAGUUUACUUCGUCAAGCAAGGUAGUGGCGAAGCCAGCAGUGAGGGUGACUGCGGGUCCGCCUGCCGGCCCCGUCAAGAUGGAGGUGGACGAACAACACGCACAGAAGCGGAAGAGAGAAGACGAUGAUUAUGAUCUCUAGUCUAUAAGUUAGGCUUAAGAAAAACAUGAUUUGUAAAAGCAUUUUAAGCAUAGGCAACUCUUGAACUCUUGAGUUUAGUUUGUCUAUUUAAAUUAUAUUGCAGUUUAGCCAAAUCAAUAUCCUCCUUAUUUGAAGUCGGUAAAAUUUCUGAAACCUUCAUAAAUAAAUAAUGAUAUUCAGAUAGUGACUGACAAGGUUACUAGCCCAUCGCCUAAAAGCAUUCUAAAUUUAUAAAAGCCCUAAGACAAGCAGUUGACACACUAUAUUUUUCUUUGCUUUUACACCGUUUGCUGGCUAUGCUAGUUUAUGAGCUACGGUCUUUGGUUAAAAUGCUUUUGUAUUUCGUAUUUAUAGGAGUAUGGUUAAGUAUUAAUUAUGUUUAUUGAAUACAUAUAAGAUUAUUA